UAUUCUUUGCGCAUGUAGAUAUGCGUUAGUUCUGCUCGGACUUCGGACACGUGAAUUUUGAUAAGGUUUCGAGAAGAGAAAGUUCCUAUUUGUUUGGUGCGCUCAUUGUAUGGAGCGAGAGAAGAGUUUAAAGAACGCAGAGAGCCCUGUGGAGCCGAUAAGCAGCUACAGGGAUGAGAAUGGGUACUUACCAACGGUUGGCCGCUGGGGCAGCGAAUGGCCAAGUUGACUCGAGACGGCAGAGAUAUGGUGCCAGCCACAGGGGCAGGCACGCGGGCCCUGGAUCAGGGGUGUGCCGCUACCCCUGCCUGUCUGGGCCCAUUAUGAAUCACCAGCCUUGAUCGUUGACACGGUUGAACAAUAUGAAGAACUAGCAGGCAGCGUUGAGUUGGAGACCCAGCGCUUGCUGCGAGAGCAUCGCUAUGAUACCAUCGGAAACUUCCUGAGAUUCUACAAGGAUUACAAGGAAAGCAAAGAGCCGAUGGUUGAGCGAUUCUACCAUAAAUACCAGCCAUUAAUAACCCACAAACAUCACACCUGCGUGGGUCUUGGAUUUGAGCUGAUGCGUCGACUGUACAAAUUGAACGAGAGAUAUCCCGGGAUUUCUAGUGGCCUCUACUUAGUAUCGUGCGAAGAGACAAUCGGUGAUAUUGCUGGUUACGUUGGUGGACCACCUGCUGCCGACAGUGGUGAAAAAGAGCACGUACUUGUCUGCCUGAAGAUUGAGAUAAACGGACGUCGCGGAGUUCUACUGCUGGAUCCUGGAUAUCACGUGGCUCGUGUUGUAACAGUAAUGGCCGACAAAUCGUAUCCCCAUACCGGAUGGUUUACGCAAUCGGAAGAACCAAAUUGCAAGAAAGAGUACAAUUAUUCUCUGUGUGCGGAAGAUUCCGACUACGUGGAGUGGCACGAGAGAGAAAAUCGCCCAGGUGCCUUGGAGCGUACGCAAGUCGCUCUCAUUUAUAUAGCAAGGCCGUAUUUGACUGCCAUUGACGUUACCGAGAGAAGAAAUUUGGUUUACAACUUUCGUAGUUUACUCGCUAGAGAUACCAAGGGUCACGUUACUUCCGGUAUAUAUUUUCCGAUCGUACUCGAUGUUAACAACGGACAACACUUCACGCUUUUUUAUCAAACGAACACCGAAAAAGUACGCGUCAAGAUGCCUUUCAACAAAUUCAGCAGUACAUCGAAAAUUGUUCCGAAUGACGAGGAAUUCGCCAUGAUCGCAGAGUGUGCUCGUCAGUUGGGCCUACCGAGAGAAAAUAUGGAGAGCCUUCUAACUGCUCUUGCUACAGUUAUGGCGGAUACAUCGUUUUUGGCACAGCUCAUGGCCAUUAAUUCGAGAAUCAACACUCUCGCAGAAGAUAAUUAACAGAAAUCGCAUCGUCAAGAUGAAUAUUUUGGACUUCGGGUUUCAUACUUAUCGACACUAGUUUUUAUCGUAUUGUUCGCUGCCUUCGGUUUUUAUUCAUAAAUUAUCGACUCCAACAUUUAUUUCGAGUAAAUCAUUCAUGCUAAAUUAUUUUUCAAGAAAAUUGAUAACGCGAGUGAUCGCUUAUGCUGUAGCUCUUUAAGCUUUUAUUUUAUUUUUUCGAUAGACUCAGUCUUAUUAUUUAAAGGAAUAAUUUUACGUACUUUAGUGACGUUUAUUAUUUACUGCUUUAAGUACAAUGGACCUCUUCGGUGCCAGCAUAAUGCAGGUCUCUUUGACACGGACAAGCAUCCCUUGUUUCUACUUUAAAAAUCCAAUUUGAAAUCUUGUCAUUAACGAAAAAUUGAUAAAUUAAUUAUUUUCAUUUGAAAAUAUUAAAAAUUAAAAUGAAAAAUCUUUGAACGACGAUGUCGUAUGGCAUAAAUAAUAUUUUUGCUCUCAUUGCAAAUUAUGUUGAGUAAAACAGAUUUUUCGAUAUUUUGAAAUUGUACUGGCAAAUAUUGUUUUCAAAUAUAUUUUCUUCUUCAAAUGAAUAAACGAAAUUACUGUGAAAAUGA